AUGAAAAUUCUGUCUUCAUUUAACACUUUUAUUUUGCUGCUUCUUGUCAUUCCGGUGACAGUUUCAUUGUUGACUUCCGGUCUCGGAUUUGGUUAUAUUGAAAAGGAAGAUGACUCUCGCGAAACCUGCGAAGUCAUAGAUAUCACUAUGGAAUUUGGGGAUGCUCAUGUCUUUCUUGAAAACCUCCAAAAAAAAUGCGCAGCACGUGGAAGAAUCAAUCGGACGUCGGCACCUAUCAAAACCCGAAAAGGCCGAGCCGUAAUUCUUGCGGUUGGUGGUGUCGUUGCAGGAGCAACAGCAUUAACUAUUGUCGUUUUUGAUCACUUGAGAAACGAAGAGCGCUUUAACUCAAUUAAAAAGCAGGAGGAGAUCCAUAAGAAUAUUACUCAACUGAUCAACAACAAGUCUCAUUUAACCCAAGACUUAAUGAUGGAGAUGGAAGGUCAAAUCAACAACAACACUUAUGAGCACGUAGUCAACACGAUUUUUGGAACAGGAGACAUUGAAGUGGUGACUUCGUUUUUCAAAGUGAAUUUGAGUGAAAUCCUCCACAACAUGGGAUUCGAUGACAGGAUGGGACUUGAUGCCGCACAAAAGCUUAGCCACAAGCUUGUCUGUGGCCACACGUCCCGGCACUAUCAGUUACAGAUUUGUGGCACAGAAAACCCGACCAGACGUUUUGGAGAAGUGAAAUUAGUCGCUCCACCUGGAAACUACGGAAACAAAGGAACAAUGUACUCAUACUACAAAGUUCCAAAAUUCGUAGUUUUCACUGAUGGAGGUCCGGUGUCGGCUAUCAGUUGCCAGCCGUUUGGAAAUUAUUACAAUUGCAUCGAGUCAAAGGGAAAUUGUGGAUACAACACAUACAAGAGAUGUCCAGUCAAGCGAGUUCACACUCCAAAUAGUGUGUACGCUACGGAGUUGGGCGAUGCGACAGUGGUGGCCAGCGCUGUUGAUCACUAUUCGGUGUAUGAAAAUGGAUCCGACAUCGCAUUCACGGACCACAAGUUCCCGGCGUCGGGGCAACUUUUGAUUCGCGCUCCACACACUACAAAGAUUCGGAUUGGUAAUAUUACAAUUCAAGGACGGCACGAUUUCAUGGAAUUGAAAGAAGUCCAUGUAUCUGAACAAAUCCCUCAACUGGAUCAUGCCAAACUUGAAGAGUGGAUGAACGAUGAUGAUGCUAUUGACAAGGCUUUCUCAGAUUUAGAGAAGGAACGGAUGCAUGCCAAUGUCGAGUUCGAGUGGGGAUUGGACUCAAUACUCCAUUGGUUCAAAUCCAGGGUGGCUGAAUUCAUCUCGGCACUCAAGAUAUGUGCAGCCGGCGCAAUUGUAAUAUUUAUUAUUUAUUGUCUCCGCUGCUGCUACAGAUGCAGCAAAAAGGCAACACUUUUACCAAAUUGA